CCCGGGGCUGGAAGGAGGGACCCUGACACCUCCAAUCUCACAGAGGUUCCAGGUACACGGAGCAGCCUUCUCCCCUCAGGAUGGCUUCACCCUCUAGAUCUCCAGCUUUCAGGCUAGAAACAUCAGAUGGAGGCCAAGAAGAUGGUGCUGAGGUGGAAAAAAGAAAGCUGGGCCAUGGGGAUGGGCCACCGCCAAUGGAGUCAUCAUUCCAGGAGGAAGACAAGAAAUUCUCUCCUCAGAUCAGAGUGAACCUCAACUACCGAAAGGGAGCAGGUACCAGCCAGCCAGACCCAAACCGCUUUGACCGUGACCGGCUCUUCAGAGUGGUCGCCCAAGGUGUCCCUGAGGAUUUGGCUGGGCUGCCAGAGUACCUGCGCCGCACCAGCAAGUAUCUGACCGACUUGGAGUACACAGAGGGUUCCACUGGGAAGACUUGUUUGAUGAAGGCUGUUCUGAACCUUCGGGAUGGGACCAAUGCUUGCAUCCUGCCACUGCUACAAAUUGACAAGGACUCUGGAAAUCCCAAGCCUCUGGUGAAUGCCCAGUGCACUGAUGAGUACUACCGUGGCCACAGUGCCCUGCACAUUGCCAUUGAGAAGAGGAGUCUGCAGUGUGUGAAGCUCCUGGUGGAGAAUGGGGCCAAUGUGCAUGCCCGGGCUUGCGGCCACUUCUUCCAGAAGAGACAAGGGACUUCCUUCUAUUUUGGUGAGCUACCCCUCUCACUGGCUGCAUGCACCAAGCAGUGGGACGUGGUCACCUACCUGCUGGAGAACCCCCACCAGCCUGCCGACCUUAAGGCCACAGACUCCCAUGGCAACACAGUCCUGCACGCCCUGGUGAUGAUUGCAGACAACUCGGUGGAGAACAGUGAACUGGUCAUCUAUAUGUAUGACAAGCUCCUUCAAGCCGCGGCUUGCAUCUGCCCCACUUUGGAGCUCGAGGACAUUCCCAACCUGCAGGGCCUUACACCCUUGAAGCUGGCUGCCAAGGAGGGCAAAAUUGAGAUUUUCAGACACAUCCUGCAACGGGAGUUCUCAGGGCCAUGCCAGGCCCUUUCUCGCAAGUUUACCGAGUGGUGUUAUGGGCCCGUCCGUGUGUCCCUCUAUGACCUGGCCUCUGUGGACAGCUGCGAGGAGAACUCAGUACUGGAGAUCAUCGCCUUUCAUUGCAGAAGUCCGCACCGGCACCGCAUGGUAGUUUUGGAACCAUUGAACAAACUGCUGCAGGCGAAAUGGGACCUGCUGAUUCACAGGUUCUUCUUGAACUUCCUGUGUUAUGUGAUCUACACAGCCAUCUUCACUGCUGUUGCCUAUCAUCAGCCUUCCCUGGACAAGAAAUUCCUUCCCCAAAAAGUGACAGCUGGGAACUCCUUAAUGCUGUUGGGUCACAUCAUCAUCCUGUUUGGGGCUGUCUACCUCCUCUUGGGCCAGCUGUGGUACUUCUGGAGACGCCGGCUGUUCAUCUGGAUCUCAUUCAUGGACAGCUACUUUGAAAUCCUCUUUCUGCUACAGGCCCUGCUCACAGUGCUGUCCCAGUUGCUGUGUUUCCUGUCGGUUGAGUGGUACCUGCCCCUGUUCGUGGCCUCCCUGGUGCUGUGCUGGCUGAACCUGCUGUACUACAUGCGUGGCUUUCAGCAAACAGGCAUCUACAGCAUCAUGAUCCAGAAGGUCAUCCUGAGGGACCUGCUUCGCUUCCUUCUGAUCUAUUUGGUCUUCCUAAUUGGCUUCGCUGUAGCCCUGGUGAGCCUGAGCCAGGAGGUCCCAGCAGGCUCCAAUGUCACAGAAGCAGUCCAGCUGUCAGCGGGGCAGGAGGACAAGGAGGGCAGCUCAGCUCCCUAUGGGAGCAUCCUGGAUGCUGCCUUGGAGCUCUUCAAGUUCACGAUCGGCAUGGGCGAGCUGACCUUCCAGGACCAGCUGCUCUUCCGCGGCAUGGUGCUGCUGCUGCUGCUGGCCUACGUGCUGCUCACCUACAUCCUGCUGCUCAACAUGCUCAUUGCCCUCAUGAGUGAAACAGUCAACAGCGUCGCCACUGACAGCUGGAGCCUCUGGAAGCUGCAGAAAGCCAUCUCUGUUCUGGAGAUGGAGAAUGGCUACUGGUGGUACAGGAGGAAGAAGCAACGGGCAGGUGUAUUGCUGACUGUUGGUACCAGGCCAGAUGGCACCCCUGAUAAGCGCUGGUGCUUCAGGGUGGAGGAAGUGAACUGGGCUGCAUGGGAGCAGACGCUGCCGACAGUGUGUGAGGAGCCAUCAGAGCCAGGCAUCCCUGGUUCCCUGAGGAAACUUGCCCAGACCUCCCCGCUUCAACAGGACAGUGCCUUGGAGGAAAACCAUCUACCCCUUCAGCUCCUGGAGUCCCGCUGAUGGCCCAGAUGCACCUGGAAGUGGGCAAG